GGGAGACAGGCUGGAGCGGGGAACGGCCGCUCGUGCUGCUGCUGCUGCUGCUGCCGGAGCUUCUCAGGGACUAUUACAGCGAGUGCAGCCGACGACUGAGCUAAGAGCUGGGGGUAUGAGAGCCGCCAGAAUCCGCUCCCAUCCUCUCCUGCGCGGGCGUUUGUCCGACUGACAACCAUCGGAUCAGAACCUCCGCCGACCCAGCUCUCGGACGAACCUAAUAUCGGUGACGACUUGCAACCAUGGAGCUGAGAGUGGGGAACAAGUACCGGCUUGGGCGAAAGAUAGGGAGUGGCUCCUUUGGAGAUAUUUACCUUGGUGCCAACAUCGCCACUGGUGAGGAGGUAGCCAUCAAGCUGGAAUGUGUGAAGACCAAGCACCCACAGUUACACAUUGAAAGCAAGUUCUACAAGAUGAUGCAAGGAGGAGUGGGUAUUCCAUCGAUAAAGUGGUGUGGUGCCGAGGGAGACUACAACGUGAUGGUAAUGGAGCUGCUUGGCCCGAGUCUGGAGGACCUUUUCAACUUUUGCUCCCGGAAGUUCAGCCUAAAGACCGUGCUGCUUUUGGCAGACCAGAUGAUAAGUCGCAUUGAGUACAUCCACUCCAAGAAUUUCAUCCAUCGAGAUGUAAAGCCGGAUAACUUCCUAAUGGGCCUCGGCAAGAAGGGCAACCUGGUGUACAUCAUUGACUUUGGUCUGGCCAAAAAGUACCGCGACGCCCGCACACACCAGCACAUCCCGUACAGGGAGAACAAGAACCUGACUGGCACGGCGCGCUACGCCUCCAUCAACACACAUCUUGGAAUUGAGCAGUCCAGACGCGACGACCUGGAGUCCCUCGGCUACGUCCUCAUGUACUUCAACUUGGGCUCCCUCCCCUGGCAGGGCCUCAAGGCUGCAACCAAGAGGCAGAAGUACGAACGAAUCAGCGAGAAGAAAAUGUCCACACCCAUUGAAGUUCUGUGCAAAGGAUACCCUUCUGAGUUCUCCACGUACUUGAAUUUUUGCCGCUCACUCCGUUUUGAUGACAAACCAGACUACUCCUACCUACGACAGCUCUUCAGAAACCUGUUCCACCGACAGGGCUUCUCUUAUGAUUACGUCUUUGACUGGAACAUGCUCAAAUUUGGUGCCAGUCGGACAGCCGAAGACGGGGAUCGGGACAGGAGGACUGGUGACGAGAGGGAAGACCGGCUGGGAGGAGCCCCCAGGGGGUCUGCAUCACGGGGCCUCCCUCCAGGUCCCAACCCUGGAGCUCCCAACAGAGUGAGGAACGGGCCAGAGCAGGCCAUCUCCAACCCGGCCUCACGGGUCCAGCAGUCCGGCAACACGUCACCACGAGCGAUUUCUCGUGCAGAGCGGGAGAGGAAGGUGAGCAUGCGACUCCACCGCGGGGCUCCGGCCAACGUAUCGUCCUCUGACCUCACAGCCCGUCACGACCAAUCCAGAAUUUCUACGUCACAGGUCAGCGUGCCAUUUGAGCACCUCGGGAAGUAGGAUGUCUUUGGCUCUGCAUGCACGUGGAACUGACAGGGCUGCAAGGUAUAUUUGUCGCUACGGUUUAUUUUCCUUUUAUUCUUACCUUGUUUUAUGAAAAUAUUGCUAACGGACACUUGGGUCUUUGGAGAAGGACAGUAAAUCUUUCAAGGAUCCAGUACAUGACGGUAUCCGACACGCUUUCUUUCAUGCCGAACCUUGGAUCACCACCACCACGACAAUACGGAAAGCAAAUGACAAUGCUGCACCUUGACAGUUGCUCAUACCUGCCCUCCUCUUCCUCAAAACAUUCCCUCAAUACUCUAAAAUGUGAAGAACUGUUGGCGUCAAAGAAGCGAAAAGGUAUCAGGGACACGCAUGUUUCUCAUCAGAGGCUGAUAUCGGCUCAGUAACAACUUUUCUUUUCUAACAGCAAAACAGCUUCUUUUUUUUUUUUUUUUUUUUACUCAUCGUUCAUGAAGAUUUCUUAAAUUGGAGUUUCCUCAUUUGGCUUUUCUUUUUUGAAAGAAAUAACAGCUUAAAGAUAAACGGGGACACGUACGUGAGAGGACGGUGGACGAAAAGAAACUUUGAAAAGGAUACGCAAGUGGUGUUAGCUGUUGUGACGUCUCGAGGUUGCUCGCCCUUUAUGCAUUUUGUGAUGAUUUACUGUCCCUGGAAACGUAGCCGUCAGCGUCUUCAUCGCCCCUUUUACGUUGCCUGUUUUAACUUGAGUGUUUUCUUUGGUUUUAAUGUUAGUGGGUAAAGUGUGACCAUAGACACUCCUACGUCUUGAGGGAAGCUCCUCAGGAAAUUUUCAGCGUAACCUAUAUUUGACCAGAGACCAUAGCCGCCCGUUUUGGCUAACAAAUAGCGGCUGCAGUUUUUAUGAUAGUUCUUAAUGUUACCUUUUUUUAUUCUUUUGUUAUUGGAGGUAAUAAGGGAGUGGGCCGACUCUGUGAGGGAGGACAUUUUGGAGGGAGGGAGCAUCCAAUUAUUAUUAUUAUUUUUUAAUGUUUACUCCAAUGUAAAUAUUUUUUUUUUAAUUUCAUUGUAAAGCCAAAAUGUGGUCGUUUGUUUUAAGGUGUAAAGUAGAAAAAUGCAUACUAAUGAGAAAAACAGGGGCUGGGUUCAGACACUUGGGUAUUUAAAGUACUAAAUUGUGGGAUGGACGACUGUUCCUGUGCCAGCUGGGUCAUCAUCUAACAUGUUGUGUGAGUGUGUGUGUGUGUGUGUGUGAGAGAGAGUGAAUCCCUGCUAAGAGUACUACGUUCAUUUUGUCUUUUGUUUGUAUGCAAAUAGUUUUUAUCUCUGUAUUUAUGUUAAACAUGUUUUUACUUGUCUAAAACUACUUUCGGCCCUUUUAUUCUUUCCCCUUUCUUCCAUCUUCUUGUAAGUUAUUAGAAUAACCUUUCCUCUUUCGUUCUUCUGCCUGUCCACCUCAUGCAAUACUUUAGGGCUUUCGAUAUUUCUUCUGCAAAAAUGAUACGCUAAUAGUUUGAUGUCACCUUUUUUGGAUUUUUAACCUCCAGCAAUCUUGAUGAUGUCAUUCAGAAGAAAGCAUAACUGAUGCAAUCGCAGGGACGUGUAAAUAGACGCGUACGUGGUGUAAUUACCUUUGUACAGGCCGCCAUGACCCAGUGGCAUUGUGACUGUGGGGAAGAGGACGAGGCAGCGGGGGUUUUCACUUUAUGUAUUGUGUACUGAUAUCAUGUACAGUUCUUUAACACACUUUAUUUACAGUAUUUGUGUAUAUUUUAUGAAGUAAUAAAAAUUAAUAACGUUGCUCACAA